AUGCCAGGCCACGAAAUCACCAAGGCCCACGCUCUCAGACAAAUCCGAAAAACACUCUCCGCCCUCAAGACUGCUGCCGAGUCUUGUGGUACAGUCAUCGGAGCCACCGAUCUGCCUCAGGCCUUCUCAGUGGUCGCUCAACGGAUCCCUCUCAGCGUUGACAUAUUUACCUCGCUGGACACCUACCUCGACUCUGUCGGCGAAGACAAAGACAAUCAAGAGUUGAAGGAUAUGUACCCCGUUGUCAAGGAGGUUGCUGAUGCCUGCUCUCACCACAUCGAAAGUCUCGAAGUUCUCUUCGAGACAGUCGCGCAGAGUGACAAGAAUACCCAAGACAAGUUGACGAGCUACCGCGAAGCAGUACAGUAUAACGGCGGUAGACUGCUAGAAAAAGUGAUGCUUGACCUGCUGAGAGACACUGCCCUUGUGUGUGUGGAGCCCUUCGCAACCCAGGAGCAGAUCCAAGAGCUGCAGGCGGCAUUGCAGGAGCUACAAGAAAUCUCGCCGUCGUUAAAGGAUGCCCUUGGAGCAGCCGUUGUAAUGAACCACAGUGGCUCAGGAAAUCAAUUCUACCAUGGCGGCAAGGGACACCAGAAUAUAUGCUCUGGCGGAUUCCAAGUCACGGGAGAUAACCACAAUGCUCAUUACACCUAUACCGAGAAGACAGCCGAGAGAGCUAAGGCCUAA